GCGGUUCGGCUUGGCAGAGAAGUCCUGGGUCUGUGCUCUGUUUGGACCUGUACUCUGUGUGGACUCCUCGUUUGCCUGGUGGUUUUCUGUCCCCACCUGACCAGGGCGGACGAUAUCGAAUGGCAGGAGUCGCAGGUCCUGCUCUCGCUCAGGGCUAGCAUGGCCAACUCUGGACGUUUACUUCGCUCCUGGGAAGGCAGAAAUGCUUGUGAAAUGUGGGAGGGUGUCCACUGCUUUGACAGACGGGUAGCAUUCUUAACGCUCACUGGGAAAGGGAUUCGUGGUACGCUGCCGCCUGAAAUUGCACAGCUGGAAAGACUUGUGCUGCUGGACCUGAGCUGGAAUGAGUUUUAUGGGCAAGUUCCCGAUGUAGUGGCCAGCAUGCCAAAGUUGAGCAGCCUCAACAUUGAGGACAACUACUUCAAUUAUGUGCCAGUUGCAUUCUUGUCGAGGCUGAAUAUGACAAUUUUGACGAAUAACUGUCUUCAGGAGCUCAGUGGAUCCCUUGAGAAUGAUCGAAACGGCAGCUCGUCGACUUCUUUGAUGCAGAAACCGGAGUCCGUCUGCGACCACUUCUACAGAAGCAAGUCCCGGCAUAUGCUGGACGCCUGGAAGUUUGGCCUCGUCCUUGGAUCCUUGGCUUUGGCAGGGAUAGUGGCGAUUGGAUGGAUCAUCUCUUGUCGAAGGAAAAUGUCGCAUCACUUGGAUGCACCGACCGGUUGUGAGUUGAAUGAGUAUCCACUACAGGAACUGCUGGAUGUGACGAACAACUUUUCGGAUGCCACUCUGUUGGGCAGAGGAGCGGACGGGAUGGUUUUCCAGAUCGAUGAUCUGCGAGGAGAGGCUGUUGCUGUCAGACGGCUGGAUCGUCGCUCUGUCAAAGGGGGAGCUUCAAGUUUCAGGGUUGAAGUCGUCAAGUUUUCGAGGCCAGAUCACCCGAACAUUGCAAAGCUUCUCGGGUUCUGUGGGGACGAGGGUGAGAGGAUGCUGGUCUACGAAUAUGUGGAGGGCGGAAGUCUGCACGAUCAUGUUCAUGACCUGUGCAAUCCGCUCCUGGCAUGGCAUCAGCGGAUGAAGAUCCUGGUGGGAAUUGCGAAAGGGCUGAGCCAUUUGCACCACGACUUGGACCCACCUGUCAUUCAUGGGGGGCUGAAGUCUUCCAGCGUACUCCUUAGCGAAGACCUCACCCCAAAGAUCGCUGAUGUUGGCCUUAUGAUGAUGUUGCACGGUGGCCGAGGCAGCAAUGGCCUGCUGACCAAAGCCGUUGAUGCGAAGAACAUGGGGUAUAUGGACCCUGCGCUGAUUCAGAAACCCAGUCUUACGAUGACCAGUGACGUGUUUGCGUAUGGUGUCCUCCUCCUCGAAGUUAUUACGGGCCGGAAAGCAUUUCAGUACGGUCAGAGCCUGGCGGUCUGGGCUCGGCCGAUUCUCGACGCUCGGGACAGAUGGAAGGAGCUGGCAGAUGCCCGCCUGAAGAGAAACUACGAGCAAGAAGAGCUGAUCGCUGUGGUUGAGGUUGCUGUGGAUUGCAUUCAAGACAAUGUUAGACAGCGCCCUCUCAUACGUGAUGUUGCCGAAAUGCUGGAGGCGAAGGUGAAAGCAAGUUUGGAUAUUCCAUCAGAUACGAGAAAUAGAGCAGGCGAAGAGUGGGUGACGGAUCCGCCGGAAACAGGGCCUGAGAGUGGCCUGUCCUGUUGUGGCAAUGUAGAUUGUUCCUAUCACAUCAUUGUGCAAGACACCCUUAUCAGAGACAGCGCUGCGCUGCAGACGCACGGAAUAUGGUCAAAUACAAUCGGAUAUGACCCCUACGCUCCGGAGAACAAGGAUGUCCCAAAACCAGAAGGGGGGACAGACAUUGGGAAUGCCUAUGACAAUUAUCAAGGCCUCCUGGCGCUUGCGCGUUUGACGGGUUCUAAUGCUGAUGAACAACGAGGGUCCUGUAAGAAAUGUGGCCGAGUCGGACACCUGACUUUUCAGUGCAAAAACUUCCUGAGCUCAAAGGAAUCAAUUGCCUUGGAAGGAGGGUCAGCCCCAAAUGCUGCUCAGACGGACGAGCGUAGCGAUCUGGACACCUCUGACGAGGAUGAUGACCUAGAUGACGAUAGCAGCGAGGACUCGGAGAUGGAGAGGGCCAUCCGUGAGAUGAAAACUGGCCCGCGAAUGGAUGGGCUCAGGAGCAGAGGCAGGAAGGAGGAUGGGUCCCUCCAUAAGGAAGGAAAGAAGCGACCUUCACGACCGACAUCACCUAGUCGGCAGCCAAGGAGCUCGGGUUCGCGGGGGAAGCAUCAUAAAAGCAAAGACCGAUCCUCAUCGAGGAAAAGCAAGCAUCGGAGGUACGGCAGUGCACCCUCUGACGAUUCCUCAGAGGACGAGUCGUCAGAUGACGAAGAUGACCGUGCACACCAUCGCCAUCGCCAUCGGCACUCUGAGGCGCACCGCCGAAAGAAAGACGAUUCCCAAACGAGGAGGAGAAAGCACCACUCCUUGGAGGAGGACAGCG